CACAAACAAGGUGCAAACGAAAUGUAGUAGUUCUUGAGAACUCUGUAUGGAUUGGCUUUCUUUGUUUUGAUCCUCUUCGAAGAAUUGUGAAUGAACGUAAAGCAAAAGCGUAUGACUAACUGUCACUAACAGACCAUCGAGAGUUGUAAAAAAUGAUCAUGACCUCUCCCGCUCCUCCUGUGCCUUCUCUGCCAUGCACUUGUGGCGCAGGAGACCUCCUGUCUCAGGAGAAGGCUAUCCUUCUAGACCGCAUGGCUACUCUAGCUUCUCGGAGGGAGGAGUUCAGCUUAGCGGAGGCCGAGUUGGUGCGUGAAGAGACACUUACCGCUGGCAUGAGGCAAGUGGAUUUGAAGGAGUUGGUAUGGCGGGAAGAAAUAGAUUACUAGGAUUCCUAGGUCCUUGAAGAUAUCUCAGUUCUUCGGUCUUCGUCCAUAAUCAACUGUGCAUUCAAUUUUGAUCUCGGAACUUCAAUUUCUUUCAUGCAUCGAAGCUGAGUUAGCCAAUUUGGAGGCGCAAAAGCGAGAGCUAGAUUGGAAGCGAGCAGCGUUAACAGCCGUUGUCGACGAAGGCAAUGUGAUCGCAGGUGAAUACGAACGUUCUUCAGGAGGCGGCGACGUUAAUAAUGGUCAAGCAGAUUCAAAACACGACGACAUCAACACAACCAGAGAAGAAGAAACCUCCGCAAGAACUACGCAUGCCUUCUCUUCGCAAGUUCUUUCCGCUACAAGCACGCGCAUCCGUGAGCAACUUGUUUCUGUGUGCGCGGCUGAGAGUGAAGAACGAACAGCCGCAUUAGCGUUCUCGGAACGCAAAAACGCCGUGGCACAGGAGCGACAGCACGUAGAUCAAAACACCCUACAGCCACUGCUUAAACAACUGGAUCUGUGCGUCGCUGCAGAAGCUCAAAGGCGGUCUCUCGAAAAAGCGAAGGAGAAUGCUAAACAAGCUUUGGCAAACUUGUCUGAGGAGUGGCAACAGUUACAGGAUAUGGGUGAAGAAAUGCGACAGGAAGGAGAAGGGGGUGAUGUUACGGCUACUUAUCUUCAUCAUGUUCUUGCUUAAAAACUAUCUCUGUCAUCGUCAUGAGCAGCUCUUGCUCGUAUCUUCAUUUUCUACACGAAACACGGCGCCAACAGAUUUAUAUCACCACUUCCCGUGAAGCUCACGACGCAAACUAGUUUUUCUUGUACCCCUGAAUCUCUAACCAACAAGACAGUCUACCUCAACAAGUCGCUCUUCGCGAGAUGGAACUUUUGCUUCGUGCGGAGACCCAGAAGCUUACGGAUUUCACUGAGACGCGGUUGGCUACUAGUUGUGGGCAGUUAGAACGUCUGCGAAGUGAGGAAAAUGGGUACAAGCAAGAGUGGGAGAGACAUUUAUGAGGAGUAUUUUUUUAGUUUGGAAGAGCAACUAAAUCAAGUUAGUAACCCUUAUGCACUUUUUUGUUCUUAAGGCCGGAUCACUUUUACUUACUUUGUAUAGGUUGACUGAUAAUCUUACUGCUAUCUCGUAUGUUGCUAUGCUGUGAUGUGAUCACAUGCGAAGCAGCUACCGACACCUAGCUCAUAUGAUGAUAAACAUAGAAAAUUACCAACUACGUCCACCUACUUUUCUUUGCUCACGUCUCCCACUCUAAGCUACCAAGCAGAAGCAGAAGCGCAAGCUUCGCGGGUAGAAAAAGCCCAAAUACGACUAACGAAAAGAGAAGAAAGAAAGCAUCAUUUUCUUUUGAGGUGGGCGGACUUGUUGCAGACACUGACUUGUACUUCUUCUGGAUCGGACCACCACAGCGAUGCAAUAGACGGCGAAAUGCCUGAUCAUCCGGAACAAGUGCUGGAGUUGCAGUUUGCUCGAGGCUCUCUUCAUGAGAAAGCGACUCCUAGUAGCGCCAGUGAAAGCCACAGUCCCGAAGAUGGCCAACAGCUCGCUGACGUUUUUGACCUCCAACAUGGAAGAAGGGAAAAGACCACUGAGCAAAAGCACUUAAGUCGCAGCGAUUUAGAAGCUUACUUGGAAGCCGAAGCCGCUUGUGUAUGUGUUGCGGAAUCAGAAAACCAAGAGAAUCCUCAGGAUCUCGAGUUCGAUUGGCAGGUGGACCUGGUACCAGCGCCGAAUAUGAAUAUUGCGGAAGCAAACGAGCGCAAAGCACCUUCAUCACAAGGUGGAGAUAACCCGUCUAGUACUGGAGAAGCCGUAGUAGAUGAUUUAGCUGCUCUGCAAAGCGAGCAUGCUGAAUGGGCUAGGAAGUGUGCUACACUAGAAAAGGAACUGAAACGCUUACAAAGAAGACUUGAUAACUAACGAUUUGUGAAUCAAAUAUGUCAUCUGGUUGAAAACCAAAACUGUUUCGUUUCAUGUAAGACAAAUAUUUAUAUGAUAAUACAGCACUACAU